AUGGCUGCUACUGAAGGCUGUCGUAUUGUUAAGAGAAUUUGCGAUGAAAGCUUUAACCUUUUCAAAUGGCUACAUGAAGCAGAUAUUGGGGUGUAUAAGGAGUCACAAUAUCACCUAGAGCAAACUGAAACGUUGAAGCAGAAAUUAGAUUCGAUCAAAGCUUUAUUUCGAAGUUUGCGCCUAGUCUAUGAAGACUGCAAUAGGAAUGGAAAAAUCGAUGAUCAAGAGAUUAAGGAAUUAUUAUUUAGUGACAACAACGAGGCCAAAUCAACACAACGUGACAGCGAUAAAGAUGGAUUGACAAUGGAACGUCAGGAGCUAGAGGAGCGAAUAAAGGAAAAGAAUCAGCAAUUGAAGAUUGUAAUAGAUCAAUUAAGGGAAACAACUAAUAACAGCAAUAGUAACAUGUUUAUAUUUCAUACAAGUACCUGCAAUGUUAUCAUCCUAUCGCAUAGCGAUUUCUUAUGCAGUAAAAGUUGCAAUGAUUAA